UAAAACAGCUGUGGAGGAAGACAACGUAGACGAAAUGUACGUUAACCUCAUGUUUAAGUGCGUCGUAGGCAAGUUAAAGAGCGUGUUCAGGCUCGAUGAAAACCACCCCGACGAAAAGGUGGAGGUGACAAUAAAAGGGAACAACGUUAUUCUCAUGACUCAGACGAAAGUCGAGUAUAAAGCAGGUGGGUGCGCAUCCAAAGUUUUGUUGUCAAAUAACACCUGCAAGAUAACAAAACAAGUCUCGAGACAGUACUGAUUUCGAAAGAAAUCAGAACAGACCCGAAAGAUUUCUCUUAAUUAAAGAAAAUAAAAUUAAAGAAAUCAUAUCUCGUUGGGUCACCUGUACGGUGGUCAGUGCUGUGCUCGGGCCUACUGUGCAGGGGACUAGGGCCUGAUUGUGUGAUAUCUUGUGUUCGGAUACACACAAUCGGACUCAUCUCAACUUGAUGAUGCUUGUGUUCGGCAAACCGGGUUAGAGACAAUGUCCAAAGCAUCGUGUUUGUAAAUGAAAACACAAACUAAUUAUUUACAAUUACAUUUCAGAUAAAACAUUCUUGACCAACGACGAGUGGAAAGCCCUAAACGAGUGGGUGGGCAGUUGGAAUGGUGAAACACCAUUGAUGCCUCGGACUGAAAUCCAACGAGAGCAGGAGGAGAUUGAUGAAAAUGAGCUGCUGGGAGGUGACGAUGAAUUACAAAAGAGUACUGACGACGUGGGCCACAAUACGAGUGUCGAUGAGAGUAAAAAGGGUGUUAACGACAGAACGAGUGAUAACGACGAGGAUACGACGGAACAAGUGGAUACGACCCAGACAGAACUCAUUAAAACAGGUAAAGGUCGACCUAAAAUAAUUGAAACAAUACCAACUAAAAUGUUGCUAAAUAAAUUUAAAACAGGCAAUCCUCCUCCUAAAUCCUCUGAAAAGGCUAAUGCAGCGGAUUCAAAGGGGUCCCCACAAAAAACACUACGAGCGAACGAUGCGGAUGGGGAUUGGAAGACAUGUUUCCAAGCAAUGAACAAUGUGCUUCAUCAGCACACGACAGUAUUGAACAAGGCGGUCGAAACGCAGAAAAAAAUUAGAACGAGUGCAUAAAGACAUGGCGAACGAGCAACGUCUUAAUCAAAAGCAAAUUGACGAGAGGUUAUCAGAUGUAGACAAACGAAUGGACCAAUUGAAAGAGUACAUGAAGUCUCAGGCAGAGGCGAACAAAAAGCAGAUGAAAAGUACCGAAACAGGAACUGCACUGACGGCCAAGAAAGAUCCGAAAACGAGAUGUUACAAGUGUUCGGAUAUUGGUCACCUCAGUUACGAGUGUCCCCGAAAGGGUUCAGGGAUGCAUAAAUGUUACGAGUAUAACCAAUUCACGAAGCACAAAGCAAACGAGUGUCCCCAACGACUGGAACGACUAAAACGAAGUGGUGGUUCACGAGGCAGAGGGCGAACGAGUGGAACAGGCAGGUAUAAUUAUCUUAAAAAUUCACAAGGUUUUAAAAAGGUCAACGACAGACUGAAUCAGAAAAGGAGAAAUAUCGACUACUCAGGAAGCAGUGAGACUAAGAAACCCAGGUUUGGAGCCUAUAGAGGACGUGGUGGACACAAAACCCCCAACCAGCAUGGUCAAAAUAAAAAUGGGAAUGUAAAAAUAGCGGAGUCAGCAAAGGGAACGAGAGAACGAAAAGGAUAAGGGUAUAGUAGUGGCUAAGUUUCUGGCUGAUUCAGGUGCAACAGAGCACCUUACACAUUCCAAAGUUAUUUUUAAGUCUCUGGACGAGAGAAAUUACGGGACGAUAAAAUGCACGAAC